UUAAUAGGUGGAUAAACCAUGGUAGUCCUCGUGGUGGGGAUGUUGCAGCUAUUGCUGAUGCUGGUACCUUGAGACCAGAGGUAAUAUUUACUGUGAGUACAAUUGGAGAACUAUAUGAAUACGACAAGAACUCAAAGCCAUCAUGGAAGAAACAUAUAUGGGGUAAAUCAAUGGUCGAAAACAUUUCUCUAGCACCAUCUAGAGGCAGUACCUUGCAUGGUUUGGUCGGAUCCAAUUCACAAUCACUUUUUCUGUUAAGCAAGGAUGGCCUUCUACUGGAAAGGCAAUUGUAUCAAAGAAAAUGGAAGUGGCUCAUACAUGCAAGUCCAAAAGGUCUUUCUUUUAGUGCCUUGGGGCCUAUUUUGGUAAAUGAAACAUCUGGAACAAAGACGUUCUCAUUAUUUCUGACAACCACAAUAGGGUCAGCAUAUGAGUACCAGUUUCCAAAACUUUCAGGUGUGGCAAAGAGAAAUGUGAUACCAUCAAAGUGGAUAGACCAUAGACAACCAUUUGAUGCUAAAGUUGCAAGAUCUAUUCCAGGAGUGUUGCUUCAGGUUGGCAGGAUCUUUUUUCCGUUAGACGAUGGUCGACUUGGGGAGCUUCAUUUGUCAGGCCUUGGUGGGGAAGAUGUGGGUCCAUCUCCACAAAGUGUGUUUCGAAGAAAGUUAUUGGCUGGUUAUGAAUGGUCAGUAAUAGAUGCACCUGAAAGUGAAGGUGGAAAUGCAGGAUAUUGUACAGAGUCUCAGGGACCUUGGAAUUGUGUUGAAGGACUCAAGGAUGCACAAGGUCAAGAUCAAACAACUGAUUCUGGAAUCUCAUCAACAAUGAGAAGGAAAAAAGGAAGAGCUUAUCAGAGCCGUUCUACUGUUCACAAGAUGCAUAGGCACAAUUUACAUUCUGAAACCAAUGAUAUGUAUGAACCCACUAACAAUAUUGACACCCUUUUCCGAAUACGUGCUAUGCAACCAGAUAGAUCCUUUUUCCUGGUGACGGAUGAUGGGAUAACCUUUGAACACCUCUUGAAUGAAAACUUAUGGAUUUGGUUGAAACACGAACAUUCAUCUGUUGUUCGUGGCAUAUUAGGAGUAUACAAUGGUAGUCUAUUUGUAGUUGACAAUCAUGGAAAUCUCUUCAUCCGUGAGAGGAAUGCUAGUGGUUUAAUAUGGUUCAAUUGUAGUACCAUGGAAGGAGGAAGACAAGUGAUACUAGGGUCACCAUGGGAUGUUCAUGGUCAAGACCGUAAGGUUACAGCUGAGGAUGCACUGUUUUUCAUUGACAAAAAUGGAAACCUUAUUCAGUUCAUAGUUGCAUUGAGAAAAUUUGUAUGGCAAGACUGUGGUCAGCCAGAUAAUGCACAAGUUGCCUCCAUUGCAGAUCAAGAACUAUUGAGGUACAAUGUAGUUUUUGUGAUAGGAAAUGAUGGGCAUCUCUACCAGUAUAAUCGUGUUACAAAGUUGUGGUAUGAACAUGAUCAAGCCCCACAUUUGGUGCUAUCAAGGUUACCCGGGGUGGUUGUCAGGCCAUCUUUUAUGUCCAUGUCAGCUUCACUAUUUAUGCGGUCAGAAGAUGGUGGACUUGUAGAGUUUCAUUGGCAUACAAGAGAUGGAUGGAAAUGGAUUGUCCAUGGAAUACCAGAAAAAGAUGUCACCCUUUCAACAGCUCCUGGCCCAAGUUUUGAUGGUAAUCAAUUGUUUGUGAUUGGCACAAAUGGCGAAGUCUAUAACAGGUAUAUAGAUGACAGUACAUGGAAAUGGAGAAAGUUUGGUUUUCCAUCGGUAGAAAUUAUUAAUCCUUUUCCAAAUGAGUCUAUAAAGGACAUGGCUUACAAAGAACAAAAGUUACAGUUUGAUUACAAAGGACAAAACAAGGAGUUCAGGCAAGACACUAAAUACCAUAGUAGUCCAGGUUCUAUGUCUGGACACCAUAUAUACUUCAUUGAUAUUGACUGUGAUGAAAAGGUAGCGCCACUUCGUCCAGUUCCCUUUUCUAAACACUCUGUUCUGUUCGUGUUGAGAGAUGGCAGGCUUGCAGAGCUAAGGAAAACAGAAAAUGGCAGUUGGCAUUGGGUUCGUAUAAUAAACACACCAACAAGCCGCUGCAAGUCAAGUUAUUUGACUGCUUCUCCCUCAUGAUUGCUUUUUGUAAAUUUUCAAUGUUGUGACCUGUGUACAUGUCCUCGGGAAAUGUCUAGCUAAGCCGCCCUGCUUCCUAAAUGUAUGGCACGGCAUGGCACUAGGACAUUCAAAACAUGCUAGCAGUGAGUCCAGAUGUAAAUUACACAACUGUGAUAAAUACAAAGAUGUAUAUCCUUUCUUUGUUUUUUUGGCUAAAGGUGCCUAGGGUUAAGGGGCCCUAUUCCUGGAAAAUUUGUUGGCUAAUUGCCAACUCAAGAUAUAUGCAUGUAAGUAUAUCUCAUUUUCUUGUAUAUAAUGUUAGGCCAGAGUUGCCCAGCAUGUACUUAAUCUUAUAUCUAAUAUACAUUAUCUGGCAUUUUUUGUA